AUGGCUGAUGGACAUGAAACCGACAAGAACAUCGAGAUAUGGAAGAUCAAGAAGCUGAUUAAGGCGCUGGAGUCUGCCCGGGGGAAUGGAACAAGCAUGAUCUCCCUUAUCAUGCCGCCCCGGGACCAGAUUUCUCGUGUGACCAAGAUGCUCGGUGAUGAGUACGGGACUGCCUCAAACAUCAAGAGUCGGGUCAACCGCCAGUCAGUGCUGGCUGCCAUCACCUCCGCCCAGCAGCGGCUGAAGCUCUAUAACAAGGUGCCCCCCAAUGGCUUGGUCCUCUACACAGGCACUAUUGUGACAGAUGAUGGCAAAGAGAAGAAGGUGACCAUAGACUUCGAGCCCUUCAAGCCAAUCAAUGCCUCCCUCUACCUCUGUGACAACAAGUUCCACACGGAGGCCCUGAAUGAGCUCUUGGAGUCUGAUGACAAGUUUGGCUUCAUAGUCAUGGACGGCAAUGGGACCCUCUUUGGCACCCUGAGUGGCAACACUCGGGAAGUCCUCCACAAGUUCACAGUCGACCUCCCAAAGAAGCACGGCAGGGGAGGGCAGUCAGCCCUGCGGUUUGCUCGGCUCCGCAUGGAGAAGCGGCACAACUACGUGCGCAAGACAGCAGAGCUGGCCACACAGUUCUUCAUCAAUCCGGCCACCAGCCAGCCGAAUGUUGCUGGGCUCAUCCUUGCUGGCUCGGCCGACUUCAAGACAGAGCUGAGCCAGUCUGACAUGUUUGACCCCCGUCUGCAGGCCAAGAUCCUGAAUGUGGUAGAUGUCUCCUAUGGCGGGGAGAACGGCUUCAACCAGGCCAUUGAGCUGUCUGCAGAGAUCCUCUCUAACGUCAAGUUCAUCCAGGAGAAGCGGCUUAUUGGCAAGUACUUUGAGGAGAUCAGCCAGGACACGGGGAAGUACGUCUUUGGUGUGGAGGACACCUUGAAGGCCCUUGAGAUGGGUGCUGUGGAGACCCUCAUCGUAUGGGAGAACCUCGAGAUCAACAGGUACGUGUUGAAGAAUGCUGCCACUGGGGAGAAUGUCAUAAAGCAUCUGGGCAAGGAACAGGAGGCGGACCAGAGUAACUUCCGGGAUGCUGCCACAGCUGCUGAGCUGGAGGUGCAGGAGAAGGUCUCCCUGCUCGAGUGGUUCGCCAAUGAGUACAAGAGGUUUGGCUGCAUGCUCGAGUUUGUCACCAACAAGUCCCAGGAGGGCUCUCAGUUCUGCAGGGGCUUUGGUGGUAUUGGCGGGAUGCUCCGCUACCAGCUUGACAUGCGGUCCCUCGACGAGCCAUCUGAUGAUGAAGAAGUCUAUGAGGACUCCGACUAG